AUGGAUGAAGAAGAGAGCAAUAACCAUAGCCAAGGGAGUAGCAGUACAGGUCUUCCUCUGGCUACGCCAUUGCGCAACAAAUUGAACGCGGAUGAAGUUUUUCUUCGAAACAUGGUGGGGCUACUCAAUAAACGUGGCUAUAACGUACGAGACUCUGCCCCUGAGACGUCCAUUGCAUCAUCAUGUGCAAGCUUUUCUUGUUCCAGUAGCUUCACAAGUCAAUGCUCCAUCUCGUCUGCACUAUUGGCUCUGCGUGAGCCAAAUCAUGGCCAGACACCAUUCCAUAUCGCUGUCCGUAGAGGCGACUUGCAAAUUCUAGAUGCGCUUCUAGAGCACGAAAGCAUUCAUGAGCUGCUGGAUGCCCCUGACUUUAACGGAAACACGGCGCUGCACUUUGCCACAGGCAACUGGAAACAACUUAUGUGCCUGAACAUUGCCGAGAGAUUGUUGGACGCUGGAGCUAAUGUUAACACCGAGAACAAACGCGGCCUCACACCGCUUGCUGUUCAUAUGCUUACGCUGAAUAUUGACGACCCAACGCUGAUUGUGAAACUCCUAGAGGCCGGAGCGGACCCGAACACAGAAGCCGAGGGGGUCGCUGUAUUGCAUCUCGCGACACAGCGCGACUUGCCAGCGAUUGCAGCGGUACUGAUAGGUUCUGGAGCUUCUAUGCUGGCGUUGAACACGGAUGGUCUUAUGUGUUACGAAGUGGCAUCGUCCCGUGUAAAGCAAUUUAUGGUACGCAACAUCAGCAAAACGCCGGCUUAUCUGCCGAUGACGCAGCGAAGUACUUGCAUGCGAUGCAAGUCGUCGACGCUCACUAGUCGGAAGAAGGCGUUUGGUAACAUGAUGAAGAGGGUACUUGGCAUGCAGAUGCGCAUUCAUCAAUCGAACUGCUAUCACUGCGGCAUGCUCUUUUGCUCGCAGUGUCUUAAGCCAUCGAGCGCUGUCAGUGCAAUUCCAUUCAGGAAGCAGGCGUUACAACAUACAUUUGAUAUGCAUCUCUUGGGUAUCCAGACGUCCAUCUAG